UUACGCUCCGUUCUUGCCACGGGAAGGCUCGCUUACGUCCAGGCUCGGGACCGGAGAGGGAGUGAGUUGUGGGGGGAGGUGGGGAAAGGGGGCGCGGAUUCGCUCGGGAGAGAGAGAGAGCAAGCGGGAGAGAGAGCGAGAGAGCGCUUCCUUCGUUGCCAGCAUGUCUUCCAGCUCCAGCGUCAACACCCUGCAGCGCCUGGUGGAGCAGCUGAAACUCGAGGCCGGCGUGGAACGCAUCAGGGUCUCUCAGGCAGCUGCAGAGCUUCAGCAGUAUUGUAUGCAGAACGCUUGCAAAGAUGCUUUGCUUGUCGGACUUCCGGCUGGAAGCAACCCAUUUCGAGAGCCCAGAUCCUGCGCAUUGCUCUGAAGACGGGGAAGGUUUUCUGAAAGUCCUCAAGUACAAGAAGAAUCCCAGCGGUCUUCCUUGUUUUCCAGACCAACAGUUUCUUUAUGUAGGGCUUAAACAGUUUCUUUAGAUAUUUAUUAGCCUGCCUGACUGUCUUAGUAAAAUGGUAAAAUCUUUUGCUAAUAUAAAGCAUUUUAUAAGGAAAAGCUUUUCCUUUUGUAAUUGAUUCGAUAUCCCUUUCUUUAAUCCUCGGAAUUGUUUACAUUUAGAAAAGGACAAUGCCAAUGAUGUGUUUCUGUUGUGCCUGAAUGAAAGGCUACGGUUUUACGCACAUUUGUUACUUUUUGAAUCAACAUGAUAUAUUCAACAGGGAAACUAUAGCUCCUAGUUAGUAUUAUAGAACUUCUACCAGUGAAACUCUCUUAAAAAUACCUUGCACUGGUUGGAGUAUGCCCAGUUUGCUAAAAGAAAAA